AUGUGGGCCGUGGUAGGGGGUGCUAAAUACCUUGAUACCGAGUUGGCAGUUUCAUUUGCCCAAGCAGUAAUGUCGAUUCAUAGAGAAAAAAUAGAUUUUAGCAGAUUGCCUCACCAUUAUGAUGGGGAGGUGACGUUAGCGGUUAUUGGAGGUACAGGUUUAUAUGACUUACCCAACUUACACCCAGUUGCUAGAUUAACAAUAAGUACACCUUGGGGGUUCCCAUCAAGCUCAAUAACGAUUUCCAAAACUGAACUGGGAUUUCCUGUUGCGUUCUUAGCUAGACAUGGCCAACAUCAUGAUUUAUUACCAAGUGAUGUUCCGUCAAGAGCAAACAUUGCCGCAUUGAAAAAAUUGGGAGUCAGGGCAAUAAUUGCAUUUUCGGCAGUUGGUUCAUUGCAGGCAGAGAUCAAACCAAGAGAUUUUGUGUUGCCUACACAAAUCAUCGAUAGGACUAAAGGCAUUAGACCUUCUACUUUUUUCGAGAAAGGUUUUGUUGCUCAUGCCAUGUUUGGAGAGCCGUUUGAUUUGAAAUUAAACGAAUUGAUAGCUAAUGCCAUUCCACCUACCGGGUUCCUUGAAGGGUUUGAAAAAGAAGACGCAUCACCCAAAUUACAUACAAAGAGACAUACUAAUGGAGACGAAGAUCUCACGGUGAUUUGUAUGGAAGGACCCCAAUUUUCAACUCGUGCUGAAUCUAAAUUAUAUAGAACAUGGGGAGGAUCAAUUAUCAAUAUGUCGGUUUUGCCUGAGGCGAAACUAGCACGCGAAGCAGAAAUUGCGUAUCAAAUGAUUUGUAUGUCUACUGAUUACGAUUCAUGGAAUGAAAGCGAGGAUCCUGUUACCGUUGAGACUGUUGUUGGGAAUUUAAAGGCAAACUCAGCAAAUGCUUGUAAAUUGGCUGCUAAGUUGAUCGAUGAGUUUGCUGAAAAAGGCGGUGAUAUCGGUGAGGAUCUCAAGGGAUCAAUGAAGUUCGCUAUUAGUACUAGUCCUCAUGGCGUUAAAAAGGAAUUGUUGGAAAAGAUGCAUUACUUGUUCCCUGGAUAUUGGGAAAUUUAG